AAGUUGAUCUGCCUCUGAAAAAAGAUGGGUUCACCUCAGAAAGUACCACUCUGGAAGCUUUGCUGCGUGGAGAGGGAAUAGAGAAAAAAACAGACACUAAAGAGGAAGACACUAUACAAGAAAUCCAGAGGGUUUUAGAAAAUGAUGAAAAUGCUGAUGAAGUGAAUGAGGAAGAGGAUUUGGAAGAAGAUAUUCCAAAACGAAAGAACAGACCUAGAGGACGGGCUCGGGGAUCUGGAGGUGGCAGGAGACGGAAUGAUGCUGCCUCCCAGGAUGAUCAUGACAAACCCUAUGUUUGUGACAUCUGUGGCAAGCGUUACAAGAACAGGCCUGGGCUGAGCUACCACUAUGCUCACACUCACCUUGCCAGCGAAGAGGGUGAUGAAGCUCGUGAGCAGGAGACCCGCUCUUCUCCUGUCCACAGAAACGAAAACCACAAAC